GAAGGGAUUUUGGAGCUAUGGAAGCAGAUUCCGACAAACGUGAAGAGGGAUACGUGCCAAAAGAUGCAUUUGUAUGUGUUUUGGUGGCACAUUCUACUUCGGCAGCAGGACAAGCACAGCACCACACAGUGGGCUGUGCAAAUGGGAUUCCUGGACCAGCAUGUCACCAGUGAUUUGAGCAUGAAGAGACUGUAUAGGAUAGAAAUCUUAGAAUCCAUACUCAGUGCCAUGGAAAAAGGAUGUUUGUCUGAAGAUUCAACAAAGCGUCUGUUUUUUCUGUGUAACCAGUUUGAUGUGGACUGUGUGGAGGAAGCUAUGCGUUGGCUGGAAGACACAGGGGAGCCUGAAAUCGCUUCGAAGGUCCACAAGCUGGGCCCCAAGCGGCAACGUGUCCUCGCCCUCUCUUUCGUCUUCACUGAGUAUGUCCAUUAUGUGCAUGCCAUGGCAUUUAAUAAAAAUGACAUUAUCGCACAUUACGCCUCCCCUGCCUGCAAGUGCUGUGUAGAGAGAAGUGAAGGAAUGAAAACCAAGGGGAACGAGUUGUUUCAGAAAAGGAAGUAUGAUGCAGCUGUUAGGUGGUACACCAGAGCCAUCAAAUUCCACCCAGAAAACCAUAUUCUUUAUGGAAACCGAGCACUUUGCUUUAUUCGCAGCGAAAAAUAUCAAAAAGCUAUUGGUGAUGGAAAACGUGCCACUAUAAUACAGCCGGAUUGGGCAAAGGGUCACUACCGUUUCUGUGACGCGCUCUUCUUUCUGGGUGAACACAAGCGGGCCCUAGAGGCCAAUAAGAGGGCCCAGGAGCUUUGCUGCAGCGACCCAGAGGGAAUGAGGGACCUGCAGCAGCAGAAAGCCCGGUUCCUGAAAGAGAUGGAGGAAAGCAGAGGUGGGGGAAAACGGAAAAAAGUUGGAGUAAAGAAAGACUUGAGUAAAAGGGUGGAUUCGGUUCCCAGAACAGGUCCAGACAGUCUGCACAGUACAGAACAUCCAGGUAGUAGAACAGCACAUGUGAGUGACACUUCAGCGGAAGAUCACAAGGAACCAGGAAAUGGGAGUGGCUGUGGAGAGAAUCCAGGCGCAACUGAAGGCAGGACACAGACAGAGGGAAAUUCUAAGGACACCAACGACAUAAAAAGGGAAAUGGCAGGGAAGAAGAGCCGUAAACAAGAGCAGUGUACAUCUGACAUUCAGAAGCCAAAAAACAGAACUCCACCGGCACAGGAAAAGAUGGAGGCUAGCACAGGCGGCGCAGAUGUGAAAGACCCAUCAGCUACUGACGGUUUGAGAAACCAAUUUAAGUCUGCAGUGCAGGAUGCACACACUGCCCUGUCUGACCAGCGCUGUCGCAAUGCUGAACAGGCCUUCUCUCAAGCACUUUGUCUACUUGGCUCCACUGUGCCAAAGGAUUUGGGAAUAUCCGAUCUUGACACUGUUCUCCUGAAAUACGGCCGUGCAACUGCUCUACUUGAAACCGGACAGCCUGAGGAACUGGCAGAGGCUAAGGAGGAGUUCCUCGGUAUUCAGUCAGUUGCUGGGCGGACGUUUCAGUGUUUGGUUUACUAUGGAAUUGGAAGGGUUUUUCUGAAAGAGAACAGGUUUUCAGCUGCCCUUGAACAGUUCUCUGAUGCUCUACUCAUGGUUAAACGACAGAUCACACCAGGGAAACUGACCUGGCCUACAACAAAAGUUAUCAUUGAGGAAACGCAGACUGAUUUUUUAAAGGAUCUUCUUGAGAAGAAUAUUGAAAUGUGCAAGUUUCCACCUAAACCAGAUGCCCUUUGUCGAAAUCAAAAGUGCCAGGGUCAUUCAAAAAUUGAAAUCUACUUCACGGACCCAGAUUUUAAGGGGUUCAUUCGAAUGGUUUGCUGCCAAGGCUGCAGUGUAGAGUUUCACAUCAGCUGCUGGAAGAAGAUGAAAGCUGCCUUGUAUAGUGAUAAGAAUGAUAAGGAUUUUCUACAAGAAACGUGUUUUACUCCAGAUUGCGGUGGUAAAAUCUGCCGUAUUGUAAUCUAUGGUUCAACUGGUCUAAUCAAAUGUGAGUUUGAAGUUUCUAUUCAAAAACCUGCAAUAUCUGCAAAGGCCAGAGUCAAGCAGAAAUGUACAAGUCUCAAAAAGCUGAAAUCUAAGGAAGAUCGUAAGUUUAAACGAAAGCAACACAGGCAAGCAGCAUCUCCGGGUGCACAGCAAAAAACUGAAACAGAAUCGAUGGAAAAUACUGAGCAGAGUGAGGUAGAUCAUCAAGAAAAAGCUUCUCAGGCCUGGCUUACUUAUGGCGACCGAGUUCUGCAUCAAAUAUUUGAGAAUAAAGAACUUCUUAAAGACGGUGUUGAAGAUAUUUCUGCAUUCAUGAAGAGUCUCCAGCCUUGGAUGGAGGUGAAGAGGGAGAAGGGAAACGAAAAAUAUCUCCAUUCUUUGAAGGAGGCUCAAACUAUGAGAGACAUUGUAGAGUUACUACUGGACAGGAAGAACCGGGUGUGGGCAAGAGUAUUCAUACAGACGCUGAGCGACACUCAGGACAUCAGCCCAAAGCUGCAUGACUGGGCUCACCGGCUGGACAGUGCUGGUCUUAGAGCCGCAGAGACUUUUAUUGAGCGCCAUGCGGAGCACCUGGAGGAGGUGGACCUGGCGCCACUGCUCACCUUUACACCCAUGCAGGACAUCCUCAUUGAGAAGUUUGGAACCACGCCGGAGUUUUUCAGUGAGGGCUCCACUGUAACGGACUACUUAAAGCAGGCUCCUCCCCGGGAGGUGCGGCUCUUCAUCUGGACAAUGGAGGAGAACAGAGAUCACUACCCCUCCUUUCAUCAUGUAUUGAAUGAUUAUUUUGAUAUAAUGGAUAGUCAUUGUUUAGUGAUUAAGAAGUCAGAAAAUGAAAAUCAGAUUAAUUCCUCUAUAAAGACUAAGAACAGAAGUCGGAAAAAGAAACAAAAAGAACCAAAGUCUCUUAUCAUCCUUUCUGGAACAAGAGGUGGGACUCUAAGAGAGGAAGAUGAAGAUAUCUUCUCUGAGGAAGAUUCACUAAUGUUCCUUAACCCCAGCGAUCCAUUCAGUGUCCCCAAUCACCUUCGAGAUCAAGUUGCAGAGUUUGAAGGACAGUAUGUCAGCAUUGCAUCUGGCAGUCAUUACAGGAGAAUUUUGGACAACGAUCCAGAUCCGACAAAAGAAAGUUUGUACGACUACUUUGCUCAGAUCUUGGAGGAGCACGGCCCAAUGGAAGCGCACAGCCAGCUGCUGGUGGGGGAGCUGGAGAACUUCCCCCCGGAAGCGAAGCAGAAGAUCGAGGAGGCCGGCGGACUGAAGGCCUUCCUCCUGGAGUCCUUGCGGUUUGUGAUGAUGGACAACCUGAUUGGGCUGAUGAAGCACGCCGUGUCGCUGCAGGAAGUGGCGGAGGAUUCAAUUUCCGGGCUCUCAUAUUUUCCUUUCCCCACUGCCGUGGAGGACAUCUCCACAAGGGGGCCUUCCCUCAACCCCUCAGCUAAAGAGUUUCAGCCUCUCUCUAAAAACCACAUCCCGACUGACGAUAACACCAGUUUUCCUUUUGGAAAUCACAUUUCCCAUGAUAUGAAGGAGAUUCCAGAUCCUUUACAGCCCAGCGGUUUUGAGUUUGCAGAGAUGCCAUAUAACAUCUUCCCUGAUCUUUACAUGCUUGACCCUUCAAGUUCAUCUUUGCAUGAGCCUUUUGCGGAGAGUUUAGGUGAAGUUUACGAUGGUGAAAGAACAUUGUUAUCGGACUCUCCAAAACCAUUUUUGGGUGCUUUCCAUAACCCUUCUAAAGACAGCAGUUCAAGCAAUAAAGACACAGACUUUACUCUUAAAACAGAAGAUGCUGAUUUGUAUAAUACCAGUUUGGGAGGUAGUCGUCUUCUCAUUGGUCAACAUUCCAGAAAAAGGAUGACAGUGGCUGUACAGGCCUCUGCUAAGCCCAGAGAUGACGUUGCAGUUAACACAGAACCUUAUGAACCAUUUGAAUCAAAUAAAGGGGACAUGACAAAAAGAGAAAAGGAUAAUAUGGAUUUUGAAAAACAAAUUAAACAAAUGAUGGAAAAUUAUAAGGAGGAACAGCAAAAGAGGAAAGAGGAUAUUUCUGUCCUUGAAGGGGAGUUGGAAGAAAUUCGGCAGAACACCGAGGUCACCAAUAAAGAACUGGAGCUCUUCCAGCAGAAGUUGGAGGAGGAGGUGAAAAAGGAUCAGCAGGAGAAAAAGGAGAAUCAGGAAGCACUCAAAGUCUUAAAAACUGAAAUAAAAGAGUUGACUGAGUCACAUGAGAUCUUUUCUAAGAACAUCAAGGAGAAGAAUAAGGAGUAUGAGAAGCAUCUCAAUGACUUUUUGGAGAGAAGCAAUCAGUCAGCUGCUGAGAAGAUGGGCCUGGAGGAGGAGAUAAAGAGAUGCAGGCAAGUGCGCGCUGAAGCUGCCAGCAGGUCGCAGGCCGCAGAGAUAUCCAUUUUGGAGAACCGGCGCCGACAGAACCUGCGAGGCCUUUACAAGUGCGUGUCAGACUGGGAGACCAUCGCUGACAAGAUAACAGAACUGGUGACCAGGUUCCCCUCGUCUGGCCUUCGCCCUGCUGCUGAAGCCUGGCAGGCCUGUGUCCAGGACACCAAGGAAAAAAUCUACAGGGUCGAGGCCCAGUACAUGGAGCAGAUAGAGCUGGUGAAGAAGGGCACCAGGCUGUGUACUCUUCCCCAAGUGUCCAUCCCCAGUGCCUCCCCCCCUCCACCUCUGCCGAUGAUGCCAAUGGCGCCUGUCAUCAGCAACCCCUCCAUGGUACAGGUGAUGUACCCAGCGCGCCCCACCCGACCACACGAUCCCCGGCAGUACAUGGCGCCAUACGGGGCUCCCCUGCCCGCGAGACACCAGCUCCAGCAUGGCGGGCCCAGAGCCCCCUCCGUACCGGCCCCUGUCCAGGCAGAGCCGUCCCUGGGGAAGCCCGGUCAGCAGCCGGACCGAGCCGCCCGGAUGUCCUCUCCGGUCCCGCCCACAGCCAGCGGUGCCAGCAGCGUGACAGUCAGGCCCGCAGGGCCACAGCUGCACAGCAACGUCUUUGAGAGGAUCGUCGACCGGCUCGGCAGCAUGUUUCCUCACUACAGCAGACCUACUCUGACAAAAUUCAUCCAGGAAGUACGUACUGCCAAUGGAGGAUGUCUGAACAGCCUGUCCUAUGAAGAAGUCAUCAACAGGGUGGCUCAACUCAUUUUGGACCAUCAAGAAAACACCAGAGAGCAAUUUAGCGCCACCCACAGAGCUGACCCCAGUGUUUUCAGAGCCCCAGUGAGCCGGACCCCGCCCCCGAGGGCGGACUCUCCUGCAGUCAGCCGCAGCUCCGGCACUCCCCCUCCCUCCCAUGUGUGGAAGAACGUGGGAGCCCACAACUCCUCCAAAUGGGCCUCGUCCAAAGCGCUGAAUGUGGAAGAUCCGUGCAUCAUUUGCCAUGAAGAGAUGACGGAGGAGGAGCUGUGCGUCCUGGAGUGCCGACACAGCUUCCACCGGGAGUGUAUCAAGUCAUGGCUGAAGGAGCAGAGCACCUGCCCCACCUGCAGGGAGCACGCGCUCCUGCCAGAGGACUUCCCCCUGCUGCCUGGGAGGAUGCGUAGGGGUCACACGCCCGCCACACCCUCCUCCUGAGCCCCACCUCCCUCGUUCAGUUGCCGUGGCGCGUACGGAAGGGGGUUAAAGGGAUCGGGGCGCGCUGGUAAGGAAAAUGUCAUGGGACCCAAGUAAACUUGCACUUGGUGUGAUGUCUGUAAAAUUUCCAUUCAUAGCCAGUUACACUCCUGAAGUGUUUUUUUUUUCCCCCUAUUGUCUUACCUUUACAUCAUGUUAAGUAUUUAUUGUUUUUAAACAGUCUUGUAUUUCAUUUAAAAAGUUUAUAUGCCAUACUGCUGCCAGUUCUAAAUUAAGCAGCAGGACACAACCAAUCGAAAUUGUAAUUUUAAUUAUUGUAUGUUGCAUGACUAAACAUCAGUGCUGUUGCAGAAUCAGUAUAUACACAUUUUCUCAGCUCUGAAAAUGCUUUAAGGGCUCUUAUUAAUAUACAAAAUAGGAGUGUGUAAAAACUAUGAAUGAAGAUUUCAAAGAAAAAUGAAGACAUUCAAGUCCUAUUGAAUUUAGUUUGAACCGAUUAUGUUUGUUCAUGCUUGUUUAUACUGGUUCAGUAACCUCCCUUUAAUUCUAUGACUUAAAUGUUCUCUGUAAUAAAGUUCCUGGUUGCUUGGGUCUUGUCUGUUAACACUAACAUCUUCAUUUACUGUACAUGCAUCUGAUGUUCAGACCUUGUUAAUAACUUUGGUGUUUGUAUUCA